AUGGAGCAGACCCCGAUCUCCACGCCAUCUGUGAAGCGCACGGGGCGACCUGUGCAUCCACUGUGGGUCCAUUUCCACCGCGGCGAGAAGCGGAACCGCUACCACUACCACGCCUUCUGCUCGUAUUGCGUGGCCCGUCAUGGCCUUGACCACGUGAGGCCGACGCGCGGCGUGUCCGUGGACAUGCUCCGCCAUUUAAAGCAUUGUGGCAAUUGUCCGCCUCAAGUGGUGUUAGAGUCAGUGAAGAAAAGCACAACAGCCCGACGCGAGCAGACCAAACAGGCGAACAAGACGGUGAACGUGCACAAGAGCUCGGCCGCGCGACUUAGAGAGCACAAGGAUCACGCGCUGCUCUUGGAGACAGUGGAAACGACGUCGGAAGCUUUGGAUGACGCGGCUGUCGUUGCAAUAGCAGUAGAUGACGAGGCAACAGUGGACCAUUUAGCGGCGGCAGAAGAGACAUUGUGUGACGUGGACGGGUGUGAGGCAAACAGUGGAGACGCCGAGGAGAAGUCACAAUUGAGACAAAACAGUGGACAGGAUGCGGAUCAGUUUUCGGUAGUACAUGACGCAGUAUUGUCCAUUAAAAGACAUGGGGAAUCAGAUACAAACAAGGAGGGGGACGAUGUGAUGACGAGAUGGAGGACGGGUCUGUUGCAGACGGCCGUGGCCACGGGUAUGCCGCUUUCGGCUUUCUCGAACCGCGAGUUUCAAGAGUUGUUCCACAUGCUCAGUCCUGUGAAACUGGAGAGCAAGGAUACGAUCAGUACCGUUGGCAGUCAGGCGUUUCUGGAAGAUACGGCUGCAAAACUAGCUCAACGACAGCUUGAACGGGUAAAAGAAGGCAUGCUGAACUCGACGAUCAAGAGUGGUCUUACCUUGAGCGUUACCUGUUGGCACACUUUGGAUCGACAGCAUUUGGCUGCUUUCACACUCGUCAACUCGAACGGGGACGCAGCUUGUGUGCGAGUCGAAGACGUGGGGGGCUAUGUUGUACGGCGUUCGUGUGCUGAUACUGACAGUGAGAAGUCCGCAUGUUCGCCACAUGUGCUUCCGCUUGAACGCGUCAUUGAAGACGUCCUGCUUGAUUUGAAUGAAAAGGACAUUUGUGUCAUUGGAAUUGUGGCUGACUCGGCGGUAGCACUAAGCGCUGCAAAGAGAGUAUGUUGCAAUACGCGAUGGCGGUCUUUGCUGGUCAUUCCCUGCGCAUCUGCGUUACUGGCGUCUCUUGCAGGAAGCCUUCUGACGCACGAUACGUACCGCGAUACAGUGGGGCAGCUCGUAGAGCUAGCCGCAUAUUUCUCCAACCCACAGCUGCAAGCAUCGCUGCGUGCUAUUUCUGGCGAGGACAACACACGUAUUCCACUGCCCACGAAGAGUCAUUGGUUUUCAUUCGUGAACUGUCUAUCCAAGGUCUUGCACUACAGCGACGCCAUAACCGUGCUAUGUUUGAGUCAACAGGACGGAUUCUCAACUUCGGUGCCGUUGGCACUACGUGAACUCGUUCUGGGCAGCAAUGGCCAACUCUGGACAACUUUACGGAGUCUCGCCGUUCUCAUCGCUCCGUUAUGGGAAGCUUUCCGUCUAAUAUUUCAGUCGGAGUCUAAGCUGGAUGAAGUCCAUCACGCUGACGGUAAUGAUGAUGAAUGCACGACCACUGUGCGUGAAGGACUUACCCUUGCUCACAUAAUGUACCAGCUUGGCCGCAUGAGUCAGCAGUAUGAGGCCAUUGCACACCCUGCGAGCAUAGGCGCGUCAUCAAGCAGGAUUGACAAAGAAACGUCGGUCGUAGCACAGCGCCUUUGCGAGCUUCUGGAGACUAUGUGGCAGCGCUAUGAAGUGCCAACGAUGGUGCUCGCAUACGUGUUCAACUUCCACAUGGACAAUGGGCGCCUCAACAGCAGCAAUAGUGCACUCGAUUGGAAGGCGGUGGUAUCGUACUUUCAGCAUUACUUCCAGCGCUGGUUCUGUCGACUUCAGGAAAAUCAGGGCCGGACCGAACGUGGGCCCGCAGACCUGGCCCCGAUCUCGAGCGCCAAAGUCGAAGCAAUCCUCAACGCGUACCAACUCCGACAGUUUCCGUUUGGUGCCGACACAACAAGUGACUACGCCGACGUGUCAUCGUUCUAUUCGUUUGUGUCAGACUCUCACCCCGAAAUAUGCGCACUUUGCUGCCGCGUGUAUGCGGUCGGGUUGGCAUGUGCCAGUCUACGCCGCAUAGUUCGUGGCGUCGGGGUUCUUCCUUCCGUUGCACAAACCACUGAACAGCCCAAGCAAAUAGAGCUGCUGCUCCACGUGGGCUAUGCUUCGAGCUUGAAAAAAAGAAGACGCACAGGCACCUGCGCUGAUAGUGGCAAUAUUCUACCUGAGCUCUCACAGGCAAGUCGUCCAGAAGACUUGCUCUGCAGUUAUGACGACUGGGAUUUGUUCUCAAGCGACUGGCAACAGCUCCUUGACGAUGAAAUGGCAACUGAUGAGACGAUGCCGCUGCAUUGUCUUCGAUUAGACAGCAGUGCAAACGGCCAUCACGAAAUUAAGAAUGACGCCGCCGUUGGUCUAUCGCUUGACCAGCUUUUCGCUGGAGCGCUUCCUUCGUUACCUGCGGCAGGUGCAGUGGCACCCUCACCUCAUGAUCCAACGGCGACAAUAGCUCACGCAUCAGUCGCGUUGUAA